GACGACCGGAGGGAGUCUCAUCAUCAUACAUACUGGGUGGCAACUGGCGAGGAAGCCGUCGUGGCACGGCAACGAGAAAUUCCAAGACAAGUACUGUAACGUAGCAGUACAAGUGUUGGGAUAAAUGUCCAUGGCGCCGGAAGUUUGCUUGCCCCGGUCACAAACCAAACGAUACCUUCCUUGCCUCCCGUUCCCUCCAAAAUUCUCGCUCACCCCUUCAUCAUCUUCUGCUUCUUCUUCUUCCAACUGCAGCUCCCCCGCUAUCCAUCCCCGCCUCGCACAUAGCCGACCGUUCGGUACAUUACAACAUUUCCGAUCUAUCCAUGAGCAAAUUAUUACAAGCGGCGGCAGCGGCAGCGGCAGCGGCCGCAGCUGGCGGGGAGCGUCCGCCGAGCCGCGGCCGUGCGCCGCCGUCGCGGGCGGGCCGCCAUCCCAGCGCGAGCGCGCAGCCGCAGAGAGAAAGCCCACCGUCGCGCCCGGAGAGCAGCGCCGCCAUGGCGGCCCGCACGAAGCGCGACACUCGUGAAUACGUCACGUUCCGGGAACCGCCGGGAACAGGAAGGGGCGCCGAAGAAGACGCGCCGUGGCAUCAUCCCGGCGAAGGGCAGCAGCAGUACCCGCCGGGCGACGCCGUACCGCCGGCGCCGCGUGGGCAGCCCAAGUACGUGCCGCCGUCGCAGUGGAGGCGGGAGCCAAUGCCGGGGCACGUCGGUGCGCCGCCGCCGCCGCGGCGAGGCGCGCGCGGCUUCAGCAGCACCAAGACCAUCGAGCGCGUGAGCACGAUCCCGCCGGAGCCGGACGACAAUAACGGGGCCCGGCGAGGCGGCGGCGCGCGCUUGGGCAGCACCAAGACCAUCGAGCGCGUGAGCACGAUCCCGCCGGAUCACAACGGCAGGUCACCGCCGCAGGGGCAGCAUUACUCGCCCACGACAACGCAGCCACACUUUCCUCAAGGCCAACAACAAUACCAGCCUCACUACUCGCCCCCACAGCCGGGGCACCAACAACACCAAAACCAGCACGGCAAGUCGCCGCUCAUCCUGCCCCCAAGGCGCGGGAAGCGGCGGCCGGCGGCAUACAUCUUCACCUUCUGCUGCAUCUUCUUCUGGCUGCUCGUCAUCGGCAUCGGGGGCGCCGUCCUGGCCAUCUACCUCAUCUACCACCCACAACCCCCGAAGCUCCGCGUAAACGACGCGACACUAAACUCCGGCUACAUCGACGAGCUCCGGACCCGGACCGGCCGGCAGACGCUCACCCUGAACGCCGACGUGAGCGUGCUAGCCUCCUUCUACAACCCAAACACCAAGAUCGACAUCGUGCUGCGGUACAUGCAGCUGGACCUCUACUUCGAGGGGAACCUGGUCGGGACGCAGGCCGUGUGGCCGGCGCCCAUGCGGCAGGCGCCCAAGGGGUUCGUGCUCCGGAGCGUGCAUAUUGAGGUCAGCGAGGUGAGGCUGUCCAGAGGGGAUGCGUUGUCGUGGAGGAACGCCACGUUGAAGGGCGGGCCCGUGGCGUUGCAGCUUGCCGGAAGGUUGCGCACGGAGAUGGAUUUUGGGAAGUGGCUGCCGUUUCGGUACUGGAUUUACCCCCGGUGCUCGCUCUGGUUCGACCCGCCGCCCAGCGGCGCCUUGCUACGGGCGCGAUGCUGAUGAAGAAUUGUUUGCUGUUGAUCCUGAUGACCGAUUUGCUUUGAUUAGUAUGUCCAUUUUUUUUUCUUCGUCUGCUAGCCUUUUUUCCUUUUUGAUCGAACAUAUCGAGAAAAUGUGCAAGGAAAGAAUAACAUGUAGUUUUUGGAUGGUUGUUUUAUGUGACCAAAAGAAUUUGGGUGAGGGGCAAAGAGGGCAGUCACCCAAAGGCCAAAGCCAGCUUGGUCUGGAUUGCGUGUCCUUGUCAAGGAGCAGAAAGAUGCCUUUCCGGCCGGUCCUCCCAAGUAAUCUACUCCACCACUGUUUGUUUAUCCAGAGUGAUCAGGGCCUAUAAUUUGUAACUUCUCUAGUUCUCUGACGACCUCACGCUCAAGCCAUUACAAUCAUCAGAGGCUUUCAGGGAAGGACCAAAGCAUACUCAACCAUCUGCUGAAGGCAGCUGUGUCUCUUUGAACUACAGGCUCUAGUUUCCUCUUGCCGAAUUUAGGAUGACCGUCAGAGACCUGUUUAAUAUUGAACCGUUGUAGGGUUACAAACAAUACUACUGCCACAUUUCAGAACUGCUGCAGAAGCAGAGUUCAAAGCAGAAUGUAUGUUACUUUAUUACCAACCCAGAACCUAUCUACACAUACAAAAAAUAUGACAAGAAAAACUCAUUUACUUCCCUCUGAAUAGCCUUUGCUGCCACACAAUCAAAAUAAAGAUUCAUUUGUAACCUGUAGGUUUCAGCGCCAGAAAACUUUGAGUAAACCCCAUACAUGUCAAAGUACUAGCAAAUGAAUACACAGAACUUCCACAUAGAAAUUCUUUUACAACCCAGGGAGAAUAGAAAUAUUAGAGACACGCUCACACUUUACU